ACAGUUGAUAGCAAGGUUGCGGAUUGGGUGAACCACAUUCCUGCCGGGUCGAUCCGAACAUGGGAUGAAUUGGGAUUGCGGUUCUUAGAGCAUUUUGCAGGGAACUGCCGUCCCAAGAGGCAUUUCACUCACCUGGCUUCAGUGCGGCAGAAGCAUGGAGAAUCCUUGAAGAAUUUCCUUAUCCGGUGGAGAAAAGAGUCCAGGGAGGUUGAAGGAACCGACGACAAAUCCAGGUUGGCCAUGUUCACGGCGGCAUUACAAUAUGGUCUCCUUCAUACUGAUCUUACAACUCAUCCCCCGGAUACCUUCGAAGAAGCAAUGGUCCGGGCCAGGAGCACGAACAAUCAAGCCGAUUGGUUACUUCGCCGCCCACCGCCCCACGACAAUGCCUUCUUCGCCGUUCACCGCCCCACUAUCGACGACUAGCGUCAUAUAUCCUCCCUUCCUUCGGCAACCGGUAGGUCUGAAUGAGACUCUACCUGUGAUCGUUUCAAGGAAACCGAGUGACGAACAAGAAGGUAGACUGUUAGGGUUGUUGAAACUGUUUGGUGGAGCAAUUGGGUGGACCUCAGCUGACCUAAAAGGCAUAAGUCCAGCUUGUGUUUAUGCGAUUAAGAAGUGGUAGGGUAAUUGGUGAAGAAGGCGAAAGUGAAACAUGUAGUAAUAGCGACCAGGGAGUAGUAAGAGUAAACCUUGUGGAGUGUG